UGUCAUCAGCAUUCAUAUGUUCAUCUUCUUUCUUCGUUUCUUCCUUGCAAAUGUAAGACAUAUUCAAUAUUUCACACAACCAAGGAAAAAAAAAACAUUCCAAAAUGAAAAUCUCAAAACCUUCAUUGUACUCUCAUACUCUGACUUUGUUCUUCUUCAUCAUCAUUAUGAUGAGUCAUGUUGCAAACUCUCAGUCUCAUCAACUCUAUGAUGAAGAACACGCAGUUCUUAUGAAGAUAAAACAGUACCUUCAAAACCCACCAUUUUUAAGCCACUGGACACAGCAAUCAUCAACUUCCAAUAACAACCACUGUUCUUGGCCUGAAAUAAACUGCACCACCAAUGGCAAUUCUGUCAUUUCACUCACUCUCUCCAAUUCCAACAUCACACAUGCCAUACCAACCUUCAUUUGUGAACUCAAGAACCUCACUUUUCUUGACUUCAGCUUCAACUUCAUCCCUGGUGAGUUCCCAACAUCACUAUACAAUUGUUCAAAGCUUCAGUACCUUGAUCUUUCAAUGAACAAUUUUGUUGGCAACAUUCCUGAUGAUAUGCACAGUUAUUUAUCUGAAUUGAGGUACCUUAAUCUUGGUUCUACCAAUUUCACUGGUGAUAUUCCUUCUAGUAUUGGAAGGUUAAAGGAACUGAGAGAGCUUAAGCUUCAUUAUUGUUUAUUCAAUGGAACAGUUCCUGCUGAGAUUGGAAACUUGUCCAAUCUUGAGUACUUGGAUUUGUCUUACAACACCAUGUUCCCAAGUUGGAAAUUGCCAUCAAACUUUACCAAAUUGACCAAAUUGAAACUCUUUCAUGUGUAUGCUACAAACUUGGUUGGUGAAAUUCCAGAGAACAUUGGAGAAAUGGUGGAUUUGGAGAAUUUGGAUAUGUCACAGAAUGGUUUAACUGGUGGAAUUCCCAGUGGCUUGUUCCUGCUGAAGAAUCUGACCAUAUUGUACCUUUUUCAGAACAGUCUCUCCGGAGAGAUACCUAAAGUUGUUGAAGCAUUGAAUUUGGUUGAUCUUGAUCUAGCACAGAAUAAUCUCACAGGGAAAAUUCCAGAAGUACUUGGAAAGCUUAAGAACAUUACUUGGUUGAACUUGUCACUUAAUAAGUUGUCAGGGGAGAUUCCAGAAGCCUUUGGUAGUCUUCCAGCUAUGGUGGAUUUUCGCAUGUUCUCCAACAAUUUGUCAGGUACUCUUCCAUCCGAAUUCGGCCGCUACUCGAGGCUUGAAACCUUUCUGGUUUCAUCUAAUAGUCUUAAUGGAAAUUUACCAGAGAAUUUAUGUUACAAUGGCAGGUUACUUAAUUUAACUGUUUAUGACAAUAAUCUUAGUGGUGAGUUGCCAAAAUCACUAGGAAAUUGUAAUAGCCUACUUGAUCUGAAAAUUUACAACAAUAAGUUUUCUGGUAACAUUCCUAGUGGUCUUUGGACAUCUUUGAAUUUGUCAAAUUUCAUGGUGAGCCAUAACAAUUUCACUGGUGAGCUUCCUGAGAUGCUGUCCUCUAGCAUUUUGCGGCUCGAGAUAAGUUACAAUCAACUUUCUGGUAGAAUUCCAGCUACUGUGUCUUCUUGGAGUAAUGUGGUAGUGUUUGAUGCAAGUAAGAACAACUUGAAUGGAAGCAUUCCACAAGAGCUAACUUCUCUUCCAAAGUUAACAACCUUAUUGCUUGAUCAGAACCAGCUCACUGGGCCGCUUCCUUCGGAUAUAAUCCAUUGGGAGAAUCUAGUGACUCUGAAUUUGAGACAGAACAAGCUCUCUGGACAAAUACCAGAUGCACUCGGCCGGCUGCAGGUGCUUAGCCAGCUUGACCUUUCAGAAAAUCAAAUCACUGGCCAAGUUCCUUCUCAGCUUCCAAGACUCACCAAUCUCAAUCUUUCUUCCAAUCAUUUGACAGGAAAGGUUCCAUAUGAAUUCGAAAAUAAUGCAUUUGACACCAGCUUUUUGGACAAUCCUGGCCUUUGUUCUGAUACCCCGGAACUGAACCUUGCAUUGUGUAAUUCUACUCCACAAAGAUCAGGCAAGGGUUCAUCUUGGUCUGUUUCUUUGAUUACAAGUCUUGUUGUAGCAGCCUUCUUAAUGGCUUUGUUGGCAACACUCUUGAUUAUGAGGCUUUACAGAAAAAGAAAGCAAGAAUUUGAUAACUCAUGGAAGCUAAUUUCAUUUCAAAGGCUGAAUUUCACAGAAUCAGACAUUCUCUCCUCAUUAACUGAGCAGAAUAUUAUUGGCAGUGGUGGAUAUGGUGCAAUUUAUCGUUGCCCUGUCAAUGAUUUCGGCUAUGUUGCUGUGAAAAAGAUUUGGAAUGACAGAAAGUUAGAUCAGAAGCUCAAGAGCUCGUUUCGCGCUGAAGUUAAUGCGCUGAGCAAUAUUCGCCAUACCAACAUUGUGAGGUUGUUGUGCUGCAUUUCAAAUGAGGAAUCUAUGCUCCUUGUUUAUGAGUAUAUGGAAAAUAGUAGCCUAGAUAAGUGGCUGCACAAGAAGUAUAAUAAGGCCUCCAAUUUCUCAAGUUCAGCAGCAGUGCAUCAUGUUUUUCUUGAUUGGCCAAAGAGGUUGCAAAUAGCAAUAGGAGUUGCACAAGGUUUGAGCUACAUGCACCAUGAUUGCUCACAACCUAUUGUUCAUAGAGAUGUGAAAACAAGCAACAUUCUCUUGGAUGCUCAAUUCAAUGCAAAAGUUGCAGAUUUUGGUCUGGCUAGGAUGUUGCUCAAGCCUGGUCAAUUGAACACCAUGUCAACUGUGAUUGGAUCAUUUGGCUACAUUGCUCCUGAAUAUACUCAAACAAGAAGGAUCACUGAAAAGAUUGAUGUGUUUAGCUUUGGUGUUGUUCUGUUGGAGCUGACAACUGGCAAAGAGGCGAAUGAUGGAGACCAACACUUGUCUCUGGCCGAGUGGGCGUGGCGCCACAUUCAGAUAGGAAGCAACAUAGAAGAGCUUCUAGACAAAGAUGUCAUGGAACCAAGCUACUUGGAUGAAAUGUGCACAGUUUUCAAACUUGGGGUGAUGUGUACUUCAACAUUGGCUUCUACUAGGCCUUCCAUGAAGGAGGUGCUGCAAAUGUUGCAACUCUGCAGAGAUCAAUUUGAUUAUGGAGGAGACAGUAAGUUAGGCCAUUAUGAUGUUGUUCCUCUUCUUAAGGAUUCAAAAAGUGAAACAAGGUUGGAUGUUGUUGAUACUUUAUAAUAGAAUUUUGAUGAUAUACCUAUACACACCAUUGGAUGUUUAUGUAAAAAUAUAAUUUAAAUUGUUAUAAGUAUAAUUUUAGAAGUGGACUUACAAGUAUGUUAGUUUUAGUUACAAUUCUAGUUCAUACUUCAUAAGAUAAUAGAAUGUGAAAUUUACCAAAUUGUAAUUUAGAAUUCGCAACAAACUAAGACUCUAAGAGUGACAUAUUUGGAGGGUUGUUGAUGAGGCUUGACUUGGUCUGAGGCCAUGGUUUUUGAAAAAUGAAAAGUGGAUUUUAUUGUUUGGUAAGUAAGUUUCAAUGGUCAAUAUUGACUGCCGAAAUUAAUUAUGAAAUAUAGUUGCAAACUUGGAACAAAAAAGAAACAACAAAGCAGAUAGAUCAAACUUUUGUCCACACUCCACACCAGUUGACCAAGAAUAAACAAUGAAUAUGCUGGGACACAUUUUUUCCUUCCCUACACUAACUGUACAAAGUGCCCAUCACUUCUUUUUAGCGUGUAUCAUGAAUCAUUA